AUGUCCGAGCAACCACCAACCAACCCUCUCUCGUCUGCGCUUGCAUCUGGAGAUGACUUUGUGCGUAAUAUAAUGGUCACCAGCGACGGCAACGUUCCGCCGACGACAGUACUGAUAAUGACCCUUGUAAAAUAUGGUGGAAACGGUUUGUAUACUUAUCCGGUCGUAUGGCAAAAGUCUAUUCCAUUCGUACCCAAAGUGCUGACACCAUGGCCCAUCGUGUAUCGGAAUCAGUUUGCAUUUGGUCGUCCAAAGGUUGAAGAUAACAAGAUUGCCGGCAGCCUUGCGACCGUAACAAUUAAUAAAGGACAGUCUACGGAGUUGCAUACAGAUGGAAAGGGGGCUUACUCCUUCACCACUCCCGUGCCAGCCGGAGAAGGGUUUGAAAAUAUGAUUGUCGCUCAGAAUGACUGUCCGCUCCUGGAGAAUAUAACAAUCAGCGUGAGCAAUGGUCUUGGAUUUGAACCUGUCGAGAUCUGGACAAGCACGGGUUCUGGGAGCGAGUUAGUCAGCGAGUUCCAGCCCAUUUUGUACAUUCGUGGUUGGGUCGAUCCAAAAGUGAGCGCCUCGGCCGGCCAAAUUCUUCCAGACGAUGGACCAGGAGAUCUUCUUUGGUCUGCAGACCCACUCUCUCUCAAGCCCACAACUGCGUUACAGCUCACGUAUGAUAUCACUAAACUGGCGCUGGUUUUGAAGCAGACUCCUUGA